GUAUGAUUAUAUUUUUCAUCCUUGAUAGAUUUAAUGGUGCUAAUGAACUUGUGAAGGCAUACAAAAAAUAUUGACCUAACAUUAUCUUUAAAUGUUUUAAUAUUACUGAUUGUUUGUAAUUAAUCUUUUUAUUUUGAUAUGUUUAUUCUAUAUCGUUCCUAACUCAUGGUUGUAUGAAUAAAUCUGUCUCAUCAUGAAAUGAAAGUUCCAAUUACGUAAAAUAAGUACAAGUCUUCAAAGGAGAUUUUAAAGAUUUCAAAUCAGUAUCAGCCAAGAUUAAAGAAAACCAGGCAUCACCCAGGCUAAGGGUGGGAGGUGGGAACGCUGGCUGCUUUCCUGCGGAUAACCGCGCCUCGAUCUCUAGGUUUUCUAUGCACCUCGCCUUCUAGACUCUCCAUUGCUCACCACAAGUCAAUUUUUUGGUGCGACUCUCCGGCAAGAUCUCUGUUCUAAGGAUGAGCAGCAGAUCUAGUCGGCAAAAAGAGAAGCAUGGAAACAGAAGUGAGCUGUCCAAGGAUAACAGUAAAGAAGGAACUGCUGCUCGAACAAGACCUUUCAGCUUUGACGAGAUAAUGCUUAGAAGAAAAAACAAGAAAUUGUCUGGAGAUGUUGAAGAAGCAUCAAAUAUAUUGAAUAAAGACCAUCUUGAGGAUGUUUCUAAUCAUUUCGAAUCUGACAGAGGUAGUAGACACAUUAAGGAUUCUUUUGCUGUUGUCCAAAAGCUUACUUUGGAGGAAUCUGUUAGGUUAAGUUCCAGAAAGAAAGAAGAGAAGACUCUUGUGAAAGAAGAUAAUUUAGCUAAAGGCAAUAAUAAAGAAAGUCGUCGUUCAGAAAAUGCACUGAAGGAAAAACUGAAAGAAGAUGUGACCAAUAAAGCAAAAGGAAGCAGAAUCGAGAAAGGUUUUCAUAGCAGGAGAAAAAAUGAUGAGUGGUCAACUGAUGAAUCUGAAAGUGAACAUGAAAAGAAGCGUUCAAGGGAUUCCAAGAGUAAGGACAGAUACACAGACAGAAGUAGAGGAAAAUCUGAAAGAGAGAGUAAACGAAAACACCGAAAUGGAGAUAGUGAGAAAGACAGAGAUAAGAAUUUUGUGAAGAAACAUGAUCUGGGAAAAUUGCACAAUCCAGAGUUUUUAGAGAGAAAGGAAAGGAGGGAAUCACCACCACCUCGUUAUGAAGAAUCAAGGACGAAAAGGAGGCGGUCUAGGAGUCGAGAGCAUGAUAAGAAUAGAGGUAGAAGGUCCAUUUCACUCUCACCAAGAGCACACAAGCGUGAGUAUUAUCAUGGGCGGGAGCAUGGAGAUUUGUUUUCACAUUCUUUGAAAGGACGGUCAGGAAAACAACAUUCUGAAAUUGAUAGGAGCAAAAUAUCAAGUAAUGGUUUGAAUAGCCAUUACCGGAGACAUAGUGGGUCUGCAAGUGGGCUUGGUGGGUACUCACCAAGGAAGAGAAGAACUGAAGCUGCUGUUAGAACUCCAUCCCCAACUAAACGCUCACCAGAGAAGAAAUCUGCUGGGUGGGACCUUCCACCUCCAGGAACAAAUAGCAAUUUCACUGGUGCAGUUAUUUCUAAUUUGCAGUCAUCAAGCCAAACUGAUCCAUCAACUGUAAAUGAGUUGUCCAGUGUUGUCCCUGUUGCUCCAACUACUGCAAAGCCUCUUUUUGGGGUUUCAUCCAAUGCUUUCUCACUGAUGAAGGGUACUUCCAUUGACUCAAUUCAACUAACACAAGCAACCCGGCCUAUGAGGAGGCUGUAUAUAGAAAAUGUACCGGCUUCAGCUUCUGAGAAAGCAUUAAUGGAAUGCCUUAAUAAUUUUUUGCUGUCCUCGGGCACUAAUCAUAUUUUAGGAACUCAGCCAUGUAUCAGCUGUAUUAUACACAAAGAGAAGGGCCAUGCUUUUGUGGAAUUUCUUACUCCUGAGGAUGCUUCGGCGGCCCUUUCUUUUGAUGGCAGAUCCUUGUUUGGCUCAAUUCUCAAAAUCAGACGCCCCAAAGACUUCGUAGAAGUAACAAAUGGUGUUUCGGAGAAAUCAGUUGCCGCAGUUGAUAAGAUCAGUGAUAUAGUAAUGGAUUCACCUCACAAGAUCUUCAUCGGUGGAAUUUCGGAGGUUCUUUCAUCUGAAAUGCUCGUGGAGAUCAUUAGUACCUUUGGAUCUUUAAAGGCAUACCGCUUUCAAGUUAAUGAAUACAUGAAUGGACCAUGUGCUUUCCUGGAGUAUGUGGACCAGUCCGUUACUCCCAAGGCAUGUGCUGGGUUGAAUGGCAUGAAGCUGGGAGGGCAGGUCCUUACUGUAGUUCAAGCUUUUCCAAAUGCAUCAUCAGUGGAAAAUGAUGGAAACCAACUAUUCUAUGGGAUCCCUGAGCAUGCAAAACCCCUUCUGGAGAAGCCCACCGAAGUCCUGAAGCUUAAAAAUGUGUUCAAUUCAGAGGGCCUCUCAUUGCUGUCUGAAGCUGAAGUGGAAGAAAUAUUGGAAGAUAUACGGUUAGAGUGUGCCAGGUUUGGCACUGUUAAAUCAGUUAAUGUUGUCAAGUGCAACAGCAACCAUGCCAACACUGCAGACGCAUAUGAAGUUUCUGAUCAUUUGGAAUCUGCUGCUGGCCAUCAAGAUGUGCGUGAAGACAAGAAUGAACUAAUGGAGACCUUGGAAGGAGGCAUCGAUCAUGGUUCUAAGGCAAGUAGCAGAGUGGAGUCCGAACCUCCAAACAAUGCUGAAGAACUUGUUGGAGUUGAUAGAGUUGCUGAAGGUGACUGCAUCAGAAAUGAUGAGCCUGCAAAUAUUUCAAGUGAUCUGAAUGAUGAGUCGUCUGAACUAGGUCGAAUUGAUAGUAAGAUGGCUGCUGAAGAUGAUUCAAUCCACCAGAACAAUUCUGAUGCUACUCUUGGGGAACCUUCGAACAAGCUAGACACUACAGAAGAUCAAAUGGAAUGCCACACUGCCAAGGUUCAUGUUUUCAUUAAAACACAAGAACUUAGCAUGGAAAGCAUAGAGUGUGCUGGAGAAGAGUUGAAUUUGGAGGAAGCCAAUGGAAUGCAGCCGGAAGCUUGUUCUAAACUGGAUGAUAUUUUGACAGUAGAAUCAGAUGCUGCUGAGAAAGAUGACAAUAGAGAACAGGUUUGUAAUCUCGCAGACAUUUUUGAACCAGGGUGUGUUCUUGUGGAGUAUAAAAGAGUGGAAGCCUCUUGCAUGGCAGCACAUUGUUUGCAUGGACGCUUUUUUGAUGAUCGAAUUGUGACUGUGGGGUAUGUUGCUCUUGAUCUUUACUGUGCGAGGUUCCCAAAAUGAACAGUACAAUUGGGUGAGAUAGCUGGUUACAAGAUGCUGUUGUCAACCCCCCAUGUGCUGAAUCACAUAUCUUUCAAGAAUUUCAACUGGGUUUUCAAUAGUUUUAAAAUUAUAUAUCCAUUGUGAAUCACAUUGAAUUUUUCUCUUAUUUUUAACCUUUCCCUUACUGAAGUCGUAGCAAUAUCAUCAUUUAGACCAGCUUAUUAGUGCCAGAGCCCUUGAAUCUUCAAGUGAUGAGUUGCAGCAUUUGAAUAAGAGUUGUCAUUUAAAGAGUGGGUGUAAAGUGUGGCUGCAGUGAUAAAUGGAAGUAUGAUGCCCUUGUAGACUUGGAUGAGUGUAGUUUAGGUUCAUUCCUGUGAUACCAUGUAUUAAAUCUUGUAGAAAAAAACUUGGGCCUAAUUUAAUUUGUAGCUGAAGGAACUUUAUGACUUCUCUUAAUCCAAGGGAGGCAUUAUGUGCAUGCAGAGCAAGAACGAUUAUGUUAAUAAUUUGGAAAGAAAAAAAAAAGGGAAAAUUUGUUAGGUGAUUGUCAA